AUGAAUCGAUAUCACUUAUUGAUAAAUUAUUUAAUUGAUAUUGAUUCGAGUCGAGAAGAAAACGAAGACUUUUUUGAAGAACUUUGUUUACGUUGUUGUCGUGGUGAAAGUGUCUUAAUCGAAAGCGAGAAACAAUCUUCGGACGAAUGUAAUUAUCUUCUUUUAAAUGCAUAUGUUAAUAGUGUUCCCAAGGAUGUGUGUAGUGUACCUUGGUCGAAUGCUCACUUUCCUGAUGUGCGUCUUAAUCGAAGAAAAACUGAUGAUGACCUACGCAAAGAUUUCGAACAAUUCAAGAAGAACUAUAAACGUGAGAAUGCUUUAUAUUGGUAUACAUCCAAUCACUUUUUUAACAAAAUAUUUAAUCGAGCUUGUAGAACGGAAGAUGUUCUGGAAAUCUAUAGAUUUCGUUCUUAUAUAAAAGAUCUUUGUGAACAGUUAUCGAAUUUACACAUAGAUUACAUUCGAAAUUUAAAAAGUGCUGGUAUAUCAACGUUUACAUGCUAUCGAGGACAGUUAAUAUCCAAGAAAGAAAUCAAUGAACUUCAAAAUAAUAUUGGAAAAUUCUUUUUGACAAAUUCAUUCCUAUCAACAUCAUUGGACAAAGAUGCCGCGUAUUGCUUUUGUGAUAGAUCUGGACAGUCAGUUAAUACAGAUAAUUAUGAAGCUGUUUUCUUUUCAUAUGUUAUCGAUAUCAAUAUAUCAUCAAAACCGUAUGCCGACAUUCAAUGUAAUAGUAAAUUUAAAGACGAAGAAGAAGUAUUAUUCUCGAUGGGAACAAUUUUUCGAAAUGAUUCAAUUAAUUAUUGCGAGGAAAAUAAUACAUGGUAUGUCUCUAUGAGUUUAGUAUCGACUACUAAUACAGAUUUUGAAGAAGCAAAACCAAAUUUCGAUACUAUGCAAGAUAGAUCUAUUCUUUUAAUGCUUGCCGAUUUUGCUGAAGGAACAAAAAAUGGUUUUACUCAAGCUGAGCAUCUUUAUAGACUAGCUCUACAAAAUCAAGGAGAACCAUUUUGGUACUAUUGCAAAAUAUAUAAUACUCUCGCACGUCUAUGUAAAGAAAAUGGCCAAUAUGCAGCAGCAAUUGAUAACUAUACGAUGAUAGUUAAUAUUAGUGAACAUAAUAUACAUUCAUAUCCAAAUAUAGCUCUAGAGAAUAUUAUGAUGUCAAAUCUAAAUAUUGCUAAGAUAUAUUCAAUAGUAGAUUAUUCACAAGCAAUACCCAAAUUAAAUGAAAUAGUUGAAAAUAAUUCUUAUGAUUUAAAAGUAAAGGCAGAAGCAUACAAAUUAAUGGGUGAUAUUUACAAAUUGAGAAUGAAUUCAUUAAGUGAUGCAUUAAAACAUUAUCAUUUGUCAUAUAUGAAUGAUUCAACAAGAGAGGAAUAUAUUCAAAACAUUACAUUAGUCGAAAAAGAAAUAAACAAACCUUUUCUACGUUGGAGAGAAUCACUAUUUGGACUUCUUAUUAUUUCCAUUAUGAUUGUUUCCGAUUUUAUUGUACAAAAUUUGUGGCCAGAAGGAUUUCGCUCUACUAUUUUAUUUGUGUUAUCCAUUAUUGUAGUAUAUGUAAUUUUGUUCAUGUGGAAACAUGUUCAAUUAACGUUUUUUCAUCGAAAAACUAUUCUUAAUUCGAAAUUAUACUAUUACAUAAUUAUAAUAUCAACAUACUCAUUAAAUUAUAUUACAGUUUAUCUAAAUAUGCAGUAUUUCUUUCCAAACAAUGAUAAUAUUAAUUUAGGUAUGACACUUUUAAUUUGUCAAAUGAUUGGUAUCAAACGGUUGCCAAAUAUUAUUUAUCUUGUAUUAUGUUUUCCAAAUAAUGUACCAUUUUAUAUGAUAACGUUGGUUUUUCUUCAUCAUUACUUUUGCUCACAUUAUCAAGACGAUGAGUUUGAUUAUCAGUAUGGUAUAUCGCUUACCCAAGAGGAUCCUGUCUCAUGGCAAAGUUCUUUUCAAUACUUCAAAAGUAUAUAUAUUACUUAAUAUGGUAACUGAAGAUGCUUUCCGACAUAAUAUCAAAUCAUAUACAAUCUAAUUAUUGGUUAAUUGUUCUCUAUAGAUGAACAUUUUCUCUUUCUAACUUUUUUUUAUUUUGAGAGCUCGGAUAGAUAUAAAUAGAGCAAUUUACAUCUAAAAACACAACAAUCUCCUUGAAUUUUAUUGGAAAUUAAUUAAAAAGAAACAAUAUAGAGGAAAAUGCAAGUCAAAAACAAGUAUUGUAUGUGGAGGAAAUCUUUCCAAGUGUGAGUUCCAGUUUUCAGUAGAAAAUAUACCAGUUUGUAGAGUUCGACGAGUUCAUUCUAGUCAUAUGUUCCUUUUUUGCUCAUAGAACUCAAAUGAGAAAAUUGGUAAGUUUUAUUCGUACAGGAUAACACUGAAAAUAUCGAACUUUGAGCCACUGAUUCUCACAUAUCACAUCCAAAACUAUGAAAAGAAACGAUGGUCUUGAUAUUCUCAAAAUUGUUUUUGUGCAUGGCAAUAUUCUUUACAUGAUAGGAUUUGACUCCCCAAAGUUGAAUAAGAAAGUGUUUUUUUUAUAUUCCGAGUUGCAUAGACUAUCAUUUUAUCGAUUUAUUCAGAAAACAUAUCGAGAACACAAUCAAUGAAUAUGAUACGCGGGAAAAAACGUUCGAAACACAAUAUUCGUCGACAAUGAUUACAACAAAUAAAAAUACUCUGUUCAUAAUUAUUAUUUGAGCAUCUCCCGUCAUCAAAAGAAAAACACACUUCUUUAACGCUCGACAAAUUCGAGUAUUGCUUAGGAAUGUAGCCACAAGCUGAUCAUGUGUAUGAAAUCAUUUGUUUAAAUACAGAAAAAUUAGGGUGUGGCUGUGAAUAUUAAUGUAAAGACUUUCAUAGCUCCACCCACACUCCGAAAGAAUUCUUUAUUCUUUAUUUGUGAUUUAAUUCACAUAUAAAAAUUCCAAGAAAAGAGUUGCAUCACUAAGAGCUGAUAUUUUUGUCUGUAUUUUUCUUGAUAAGUAAUAAUCAUUUACUUUGUGUAUGAAUAAAAGAGAUAAAGCUAUGACAACACAUCAACCAAGUUUUUUAUCAUUUUUUUUUGUCGUGAAUCAAAAUGAAUCAGCUCGAUGAUAUUUUUCUUCCUCGCAAAAGGCGAGAGAUAAAUGCAUUUGUGUUAUAAAUAUUUUUGUUUUAUGAUGAAGGGUGCAGGUGUGGAUUUGUGGAUGGCUGAGAAUCUGGGUGUGCAUGUGAAUUCAGGGAGGAUCUACACUCCACGCAUUAUGCUAGCGACAUUAAAUUUUAGCUAUAAAUAGAUCCCAUCGAAUAUGAAUCUUGAUAAAAAGUUCACAUUUCUAGAUAAUUUUUAUUGCUUAGAGAGAACGGUGGGUGUAGAUGUCGAUAAAUCACAAAAUUACUACCGACCCAGGACCCAGUCAGUCAACAAUAGAGAAAAAACUCGUUUUUACGCGUUGAAAUGUGCGCUUUUAACGUUUUGUAACGCGUUUUCCAGCAAAAAACGACUUUUAAACGCUUGAGCAACGCAUAUAAACGCGUUUUUUUCACUUAAAAGACAAAAUAUCGCGUUUAUACAUGUUAGAAUGUGCGCUUUUACCGUUUUUCGAAGCGUUUUCAAGCGAAAAAAAACGUUAAAAUAAUGCGUUUAAACGCGUUUUUUUUCCGAUCUUGACUGCCUCGGGACAUUUAAUCCGAUAAUCGGACCGACUAGGAUCCUAUAAGAACCCAUCGGAAUCCUAUCGGAUUCCGGUAAAAACCAACAGGAUACCAUCGGAUGGGUGUGGGUGUGGGUGUGGGGUGUGGG